ACUAGAGCCUACGACGUCACUGCGGUAGUCGGCGGGAAAAGUCCAUUUGGGCUGUGGUCCCCUUACGUUCCACGUGCUUGCUCUGUUUUCGCUGCAAAAUACAAAAAACCAUCUGCUAGGCGAGCCAAGCCUGACCUCUGAAGCAGCUGGUCUCCAGCCAGUAGGGACCUCCACUACAUUUGACAAAAUCUGAAGGCUGCUGUCGGUCAUCUUCCAUCAUGUCCGACCAUCUGAUGCGAGGCGUCAGAGUCCAGCUGACCACAACAAUGGACUCAGUCUUGAGGACGGCCGUGUUUGAAGUCAUGAGGAUUUUUGAAAGCGCACUAUAUAACCAUAAAAUGGAGAUGGCGCAGAAGGGAGAAGAGAUUGCUCAGCUUACAGUAAAACUACAAACUGCAGAGCUAAAGCUUAAAGACUUCGAGUUGAGGAAUCCAAGAGGAGCAGAGAUAAAUAAAACCCAAACAGAGUCAGAAGAUGUCCCAGAUGCCCUGGGACAGUCUACCACAGUUCCUGAGAUUGAUGUUGAAGUGCCUGAUGACUGGUGCGCUCCACUUGGCUACGACACAGUGACCAAGCAAGAGGAUGGUUUUUGUCCCAGCGUAAGGCUGCGCCAAUUUUCCAUUCGUCUGUACCCUGUUCCACUUGUUAAGCACGAGGUGGACAACUGUUGCAUAAACCUCCAGAGGUCACCAGUUGAAAGGAGAUCCAAGAGAAUUUCUACCAAGAAUGAAAACCCGAAGCCGACCCAAGACAAAUUGCUACCAGUGUGUGAUAAAGCCAAUUGGCACCCAAAAACAAGUGGUGACCUCGGCAAAUUACUCAAAGGCCUGAACCAGGACUACUGCAACCUCAGAGGUUUGGACCGCCUUCGGAAAAGAAAGAUGAGUGAUGGAACUUUUACAGAUAAAGAAGAUUCAUCAAAGCACAAAAAUAAGCAGGGGAUACACAAUGCAAAUGAAUCCAAGGCAGCUGGACCACAGGAAUUGGAAAUUGAGAGCAGAAAUAAAUACUCCUGUGGGACUUGCUACAGGGUGUUUGGCACAAAACCUGGCCUCGGUGUUCAUGUGCGUUCCCAGCGGAAGUGCAAAGGCUGCAAGAUGGUCUUCUGCUUCCGAGGUGCUGCAAAGUACCAUUUGGAAGUCUGUGAAAAGAACAAGGCAUUGAUGAAUAAAAGAUGCAGACACCCUGCAAAGACGAAGCCUGAUGAAGGAAAUGCACUCAGUUCCAGCAAAGCGAAGGUGAUCAUAAAAAAGGGAAGCACGCAGUCUUCUGUCGACAACAAGAAAACCUCCAGCCAAACAUUGUCCUGCAGACACUGCAGCUUCAAGACUAAUAUAAUCAGAAACCUUAAAAAGCACAUGUUAACACAUAGUGAUGAGCUGCUAACUUGCAGCAUAUGUCCAAGGAAGUUUGAUCAGGAAAUGGCACUCAAGGUGCACAUUACAAAAAAACACGGAGUUUGCACGCCCCUCGCCAACAAAAAUGGAAAGCUUGGAUGGACUAAGCCCUUGGAAAAUGCCGAUAAAGGCGGAGGAAUUCAACACGGCCAGUAAACGCACAAAUCAAAAAGGCAACCUCACCAAAACAACGACUCAAAUAAUCCGAGUGAACAGAGAGUACCGAAGUUUUGCCUUUGCAGUGUGUGUGAGAAGAUGCUGUGAACAAUGAAUCAUGUGAAGGAACAUCCACACAGGAGAGUGGCUCCUCAGGUGUGAUAAGUGACAUGCAAACAUGUCGUUUAUUCUCCACCCUUAAGGCUGCAACACUGUGCCAGAAGACGCCUCAGGAAACACAAAGACUGCUGUGUUUGGACGUUAUUGCUCUGAAAGUUACUAACAUCCACUGUAUUUUCUUUGUAUUAUUUCAGAACCUGAAAGGACAACAUUAAAUAUUUUUUUAAGCCAUUUCAGUAAAAACGGUAAGAUUGCAAGAUAUCUUUGUUUCUUGAAUUAGAGCUAAUUGAAUCAGCUUUUAGUUUUCAAGCAAGUAGUCAGCAUUACGUUUCAUACUUGUCUCAGGUCUUUGUGCGGUACUUGUUUUCUGUGACUAAAAUUAGACCGAUGUAGGUAAGUCAAAGUGCUUCAUCACCUUGUCGUAAAAAUGAUCCAAGACUAUAACUCACUAAAGGACAAAAUUGCCGUUUUUAUGUUGUUGAUUUGUCAGAUUAACUUUUCUGUUUUAUUUUUUUUAUUUUAUUUUCUUAAUAUAAAGGUCCAAUCUCUGCAAUUAUUUGCUUGUGGUUUGCAUUUUACACAGUUUAGUACAUUGUUUAUUGGUUUAAACAACUGCAUCAUUUAAUGUUCCUGAACUGCGGAUCUUUGGACAGAGCUCUCUGCUGUCAGCUGUAUUGGUUAAAUUUAAGGUAUUACUUUACAGCGGGUUUGCUUUCUCUUUUAAGCAAUUUUUGAUUUUAUUUUUGUUAAGUUUAUUACCUAGGAUAAUUUUUUGUUUUGGUCAGUUUUGAACUUGCUUUGUCUGUUGGAUCACAGUUCUUGUGCGUGUGUGUUUAAAGUUGAACCCAUUUGAUUAUAAACCCCAUUUUAAUGGUAACUACAUUCGUCUUAAAACACACCAAAUAGAUUUUGUAUGGGACAUCUUUUAAACAGUUAAAACGAGAAUAAUUGUACAAUAUGUUCGAAAAAUUCUUGUCUUUUUUAAAAAUCCUUUAGAAUUUCAUGACGGCAACAUUUUUUUAUUUUGAAAUGGAGGCUCACAACGCUGUACAUUAUUUCUGAUAGUCAUUUAUUUGAAGUGCUGAUUCAAGAAGGGGAGGUUUUGUACAGUUUUUCUCAAACGAUUGCUUGUUCAGCUCCCUAGAGUUGAUAUGAAAUAAAUUUAUAUUUAAAAUCUA